UGCUCCCAUUGGGGCUCAGCUGAGAGCUGGGCCGACCCUGUGGGAUGUGUUGUGCCAGCAUCGGUGUUCGGGCAAGGAUUCCUGAUUGAAAGGAGCAGAAAGCAGUGAGCUGACAGAACUGGGCUGACACCAGGAGCAGCAGCACCAUGCAUGAGCUCAACGAAAGCAGCUUCGACCCCAUCACCUUCGUCCUGACCGGCAUCCCGGGCAUGGAGGAGUCCCACAUCUGGAUCUCCGUCCCUUUCUGCCUGAUGUACAUCACUGCACUGUUCAGCAACUCCGUCCUGCUCUUCGUCAUCGCCACGGAGCGCAGCCUCCACGAGCCCAUGUACCUCUUCCUCGCCAUGCUGGCUGUGUCCGACCUGAUGCUUUCGACCACGACGGUGCCCAAAAUGCUGGCGAUCUUCUGGUUCAGCGCCCGAGAAAUUUCCUUCGACGCCUGCAUCACUCAGAUGUUCUUCACCCACUUCAGCUUCAUCGUGGAGUCGUCCGUCCUGCUGGCCAUGGCCUUCGACCGCUACGUGGCCGUGUGCGACCCGCUGCGCUACCCGUCCACGCUGACGCCCUCGGUGAUCGGGAAGAUCGCGCUGAGCGCUGUGCUCCGGGGCUUCUGCAUCAUGUUCCCUCCCAUCUUCCUGCUGAAACGGCUGCCCUACUGCGGGCACAACGUCAUGCCCCACACCUACUGCGAGCACAUGGGCAUCGCCCGCCUGGCCUGCGCCGACAUCAGGGCCAACGUGUGGUACGGGCUGACCACGGCGCUGCUGUCCUCCGGGCUGGACGUGGUGCUCAUCGCCGUCUCCUACGGGCUCAUCCUCAGGACCGUCUUCCAGCUGCCGUCCCCCGAGGCUCGCCUCAAAACCCUGAGCACCUGCGGCUCCCACCUCUGCGUCAUCCUCAUGUUCUACACGCCUGCCUUCUUCUCCUUCCUCACGCACCGCUUUGGCCACAGCAUCCCAGGCCACAUCCACAUCCUGUUGGCCAACCUCUACGUCGUGGUCCCACCGAUGCUCAACCCCAUCGUGUACGGGGUGAGGACGCGGCAGAUCCGCGAGCGCGUGGCCCGGCUGCUCUGCCCUGUGGGGCAGUGCCCCCAUCCCGGCUGUGGGAGCCGCUGCUGAGGGAAAGGGGACGCGGGAUGGGGUCUGGAAGGCGGUGUGAGGUGUGCUUGCAUUGGGGUAAUGGGUUUGUCCACCAGGC